AUGACCACUUCGUCCGAUGUCCGUGACCUUCCUCGCGACAGAGACGACUGCUCAUUGGAGUUGCCCAAGACCUUCCAGAUCGACCGCGUUCCACCUGGCAACGAGAAUCUCUGCGUACACCACAUUUCAACUCUCCAAGACCCCAGUGCGAUGUUGCGUCGGCGUGAAGCAAGGGCCCCCAUUGUCAACGCUUCUAAUCAACGCAGUCAAGCUCACAUCGUCUUCCGCUGCCGGAGCAGAGAAAAAUUGGCCGAGAAGUACCGGAGCAGUCGGCUUCCCCGAGCAGUAGGGAAUCGGCGAGUGGCAGUGACGAAGAUAUGCAACCCGGGCGGACGACCAGGGCCAGGAGGGCGGAAUCGGAGGACAUACACCAGGCUAGAGCCGAAGGGUCAUCCGCUGCCGGCAGACAAGCGGAAAGGGACAUCCGGUCCGAAUCCAGGGGCCCGGUCGGGCAACAAGUGGAUUGGCGAGCCUUGGGGAAAGACGUUGGCUGCAAAACACGGAGACAAGGCCAUGUCACUCAGAGGCACGUUCGAGCCCAACGCGGCCUCAGACCCAGGAGCGAUAGUGGCAUUACGAAUCGGAGGAUUUUGGGCUCCGAGGACGGCAGUCAACUUUUGUGGGGCGGCGCAAAGAACUUAUGGUGAUCGGUCUGACGGACACGCUGGAACAGUUUUUCUGGCGGGUAGGGCAGGAUCUCUGCGAUGGAUACACGAAUCACAGGAGGCGAGGCUACGACGUAGACUGACACCCCUUAUCGAAGAGAUAGCAGAACAACUGGCAGCAGCCUUUCGAACAGCAGCGGGAACCUAUCAGGCCCUUGACAUAGCCUCGCACCAAGGAGCUGUCGCAAGGAUUCCCGCGGCUUUGAGAGGCGUCAUAGUCCCCUUCCCGGCCCAGCUGCUUAAAAGCAGUCGCAAGGCUCGAGAUAACCCCUUUCACAGCACUGGCGCUGGGACGCCGGUCAGCCCGCAGACGCCCAGGGUGCCGGGGGAACCACCAUUCCACCAGAUACGAAACAAUGGACAUAGGAUCGCAGCUCUCCGAGACCCACUGACGUUGGUGCACCUGGUAGAUCGAGAGCAAGGCGGCCGUGAGCGGCGGCCGCACCGACACGUCCCCGGUAAACUCAGAGUAAUACAGAGCCGCGACAGGGUCUAA